UGCCUCUGUUCUGGUUUUCAUGCUUCUUGCAAUACGCACAGGGGGCAAAGGCAAACUGACUGGAGAAUCUGGAAAAGAAGAAACCAACGACGCGCUGCAACUCGCGUUUGUCCCACGGUAGACAUCUCUGUAUAUAUUUGCCAGCUUCCUAGCCCCUGUCUUCAGUCAUUGAGUGAAAUCUUGUGCGGAACUAAGAACAAAGAAAUUCCAAGAAGAUGGGAAAGAGGAAGUCGAGGGCGAAGCCACCACCAAAGAAGCGAAUGGACAAACUUGACACUGUCUUCAGCUGUCCCUUCUGUAACCAUGGUACCAGUGUGGAGUGCCGCAUUGAUAUGAAGAACUUGAUUGGCGAGGCUUCAUGCAGGAUUUGCCAAGAAAGCUUUAGCACCAAUGUAACAGCGUUGACUGAGCCUAUAGACAUAUACAGCGAGUGGAUUGACGAGUGUGAGCGUGUCAAUAACCCGGAAGACGACGAUGCAUAGAAAGGGAUUCCAUGCUCUAGCCUCCUUGAUAAAUGGCCUGGUAAUCUGAGGCCUGACUUCCAAUUUGGAUGUUUUUUAUGGUUAAGGUCCACAAACUCAUAAAAUUGUAGAAUAAUCGUGUAUAUAUGUUUGCAAAACAACUAUGUUUAGGUUUAGAUUUAUGAACUAGUGUUUCAGACUGGGCAAGGAUUUACAUGCGGUAGCUUAAUAUGGGUAUGUAACAAUGUUAUAAUCGCUGCAAUGGAAUUUCUCUUUAUACUGCCUGCUC